AUGGCCCUCACUCACUACGAGAUCGAAGUCGUCACCGGGCUUGAAAGGGUUGGCUCUGCCUUGUCACUAGUUGGAGUCACUUUAGUCUUCAUCACCUACUGGAAGUUCAAGCGCAUUCGAAGCGUGCCGAAUCUCUUCAUCGUCUUCGCUUCAAUCGCCAACGUCGGCGCCAGCGUCGCGUGCGCCAUUGGCUACGAGGGACUCCGUAUGGGCGAGACUUCCGCUUUGUGUCAGGCUCAAGCAUUCUUGCUCGAAAUGUUCAUGCAAUCCGAUCCAUGGUGGUCUUUCGCCAUGGCCGUCAACGUUUACCUCGUUUUUUUCGCAGGCGCCAGCCCUUCCUCCUUUCGUGAAUAUCUUUGGGUCUACUGCGCCGUCUGCUUCGGCUUCCCCCUGGUUCCGGCUCUUGUCUGUCUCUUCCUUCGUCCACACGAUCCAAAUGAUUACAUCUACGGCAAUGCAACGUUGUGGUGCUGGAUAAACAAAAAAUGGGGCGAUCUUCGCAUCUUCACCUACUACAUACCCAUCUGGUUUUGCGUGCUCGGCUCGUGUGUCAUUUACUUCGCCGUCGGCUACCAUGUUUUCCACCACCGCAAUCAACUUCACAAUCUCACCUUCAGCAACAACGGAUGCGACGGCAAGCAAAUGACUUGUUCGGAUGAGCGGAAUUCUGCUGAAAAGAAUCUUACGGGCCGUACCGAGUUUUACGGCACCGCUGUCACGGAGGUACAAAUCACUACCAUGACGCCGAAGCCUUGGACACCCCAGCCACCGCCCGUAGCCAUGACAAAGGUCACGGCUGGUGACCAGCAGCCUCGCCAUCAGCGAUCAUGGCGCACAAGCGAAGAUGACGGCUCCCCCGGUCCUCGAUUCGAGACCACUUGUACAUCCGACCCGCCCCCACCGAAGCCGCGCCGUUCCGUAUUCCAACGAAUUGGGGCUGUCAGAAGCAAAUUCUCCAGCAGACUACAGCGUCUUGAUCCCGUAAAGCUCGCAUACCUUCGAACCAGUUUCAUCUUUGCCAUCUCGGUGCUGGUGACCUGGACACCGAGCUCGAUCAACAGAGUCUUCAACAUGAUCAGGCGUGAUGAGUCUCACUUUGGUCUGAAUGUCGCCAGCGCUACGGUACUUCCCCUUCAGGGUGUCUGGAACGCCGUUAUUUUCUUCAUGACCAGUUGGACGGUAUUCAAGGAGGAGUGGAAAGACAUGCGCGGUCGCCACCAGAUCCGGCUUGGAAGCUGCGGCGAAGACGGUCUACAUGGCGGUAUGAGAAUCGAGGUGCUACGAGGUGACCAACAAGAUCGGUUCAAGAGUGGUCGUUACGGACAUACAAAGACACUCGGCAGCGACCAGACGAGUGACAUUGAGUUGACGCCUCCCUCGGGCGUCGGCAACGUUCGAGCAAUGCGAGGUUCGUUCAGUAUAUGA